CCCGCCGUGACGGCGAUGGGUCGGAAGCGGUGUGUCGGUGCAGAUUGUUCGAAGAUGGCGGCCGGCUGCUGCGGGGUGAAGAAGCAGAAGUUGUCGGGAUCCCCGGGUUCAGGGGGUCCCGGAGGGGCGGGCAGCGGGGCAGCCGGGACCGGACACUGCGGAUCGGACUUGGGGAUCGGAUCGUCAUCGACGGUGGUGGCCGGAAACGUGAAUCGAGUGAACGGACUCGGGGGUCCGGGGGGCAGCGGGACUAGCAGUAAUAGUAGCGGUAGCAGCAACACAAGCACCGCUCUGUCCCCAACUCCCGGAGCCUAUAACUCUACUGGCCUGUCCCCCAACCUCAGCCCGGGACCGGGAUCCUCCAGCGGGGCCAGGAAGAUGGUCGUCUCGGCUGAGAUGUGCUGCUUCUGUUUCGACGUGCUUUAUUGCCAUCUUUACGGAUACCAGCCUCCCCGCACACCCAGGUUUACAAACGAUCCCUACCCACUAUUUGUCACUUGGAAAAUCGGCCGGGACAAGCGGUUGAGGGGUUGUAUAGGUACAUUUUCUGCCAUGAACCUGCACUCAGGACUCAGGGAGUACACCCUUACCAGUGCCCUUAAAGACAGCCGCUUUCCCCCGAUGACGAGGGAUGAGCUGCCGCGCCUCUUCUGCUCAGUGUCUCUGCUCACCAACUUUGAGGAUGUUGGUGAUUACCUAGACUGGGAGGUGGGUGUUCACGGCAUUAGGAUAGAAUUUUUCAAUGAAAAAGGAUCAAAGCGCACCGCCACCUACCUGCCAGAGGUUGCAAAGGAGCAAGGAUGGGACCACAUUCAGACCAUAGAUUCCUUACUUCGAAAGGGAGGUUACAAAGCCCCUAUCACAAACGACUUCAGGAAGACCAUUAAACUGACCAGGUACCGUAGCGAAAAGAUGACGAUGAGCUACGCGGAGUACAUCGCCCAUCGUCAGCACCACCACUACCAGAACGGCAUCGGGCACCCUCUUCCCCCCUACAACCAUUAUUCCUGACAGCGAGCCGCAUGACCAGUCACUGGACCUCUCCGCGGACCUCUUCCCGGGAGAGCCUGCCCCCUCAUGGUCUAGCUAUCUCUACUACUGUACCAUUUUAUGAUGAUAGUUUCCGUUGCCAUGCUAACACUCUUGAAGAUGGUGGUAUGGCAGCGGGUGGCAAAAAAUCACAACUCUGAUUGUGAAGAAAUACAAGUUAUUUUCUCCUUUU